UUCGAUUUGCUAAUUUAGUGUACAUAUUUUGUUCUCCAUUUCAUUGCUGAUCCGCCACAACCAUUACGUAUUAUCUUUCGAACUUCAUCGCUAUCCAAAAUAAUUCCCUCCUCCUUCUCCAAAGAACAGUUCGACCUCUGAGCUCCCAAUUUUCCUCCUCACCACCAUGACAGUUCCGCCGUAUCAGGAUGAUGUUAAGAAUAAUGAGAUGACGAAUUACUUCAAUUCCCCUGCAUUGGAUGUUUCAGUUGUUUUUCCGCAAGCAACGCCGGCUUCUACUUUUCCUCCCUGCACUUCGGAUUACUACCAGAUUGAUGAUCUAUUGACACCUGAGGAGCAGGCUAUUAGGUUGAGAGUAAGAGAGUGUAUGGAGAAAGACGUGGCUCCAAUUAUGGCAGAGUAUUGUGAGAAGGCAGAGUUUCCAUUUCAAAUUAUUCCAAAGCUUGGUGCAUUGCGCAUUGCUGGUGGGACAAUCAAGGGUUAUGGGUGUCCUGGUCUUUCUAUUACGGCAAAUGCUUUUGCUAUAGCUGAAAUUGCUAGAGUUGAUGGAAGUUGUUCUACUUUCUUCUUGGUUCAUUCCUCAGCAGCGAUGCUUACUAUUGCAUUAUGUGGGUCGGAGGCUCAAAAGCAGAAAUAUCUACCUUCUUUGUUUGAAUUUAAGACUGUCGCCUGCUGGGGUUUGACUGAGCCUAACUAUGGAAGUGACGCGAGUGCCUUGACAGCGACAGCAACAAAGGUGGAAGGAGGUUAGGUACUUGAAGGCCAAAAGCGAUGGAUAGGAAACAGUACAUUUGCCGAUGUCUUGAUUAUUUUUGCGAGGAAUACAACAACAAAUCAAAUUAAUGGAUUUAUAGUAAAGAAGAAUGCCCCUGGACUGACAGCUACAAAAAUAGAAAAUAAAAUUGGUUUACGCAUUGUUCAAAAUGGAGAUAUUCUCUUAAAUAAAGUAUUUGUUCCUGAUGAGGAAAGGCUACCUGAUGUUAAUUCUUUUCAGGAUACUAACAAGGCUCUUGCUGUUUCGCGUGUCAUGGUCGCCUGGCAACCUAUUGGUUUAUGCAUGGGGGUCUAUGAUAUGUGUCGCAGGUAUCUGAAGGAGAGGAAACAAUUUGGAGCCCCUCUUGCAGCUUUCCAGAUCAACCAAGAGAAACUUGUCCGUAUGCUUGGUAAUGUUCAAGCUAUGGUUCUUAUAGGUUGGCGCCUCUGCAAGCUGUAUGAGUCAUGGAUCACUCUGAGGGCAAGGGAAACAGUUGCUCUAGGGAGGGAAUUACUCGGUGGCAAUGGAAUCUUAUCUGAUUUUCUUGUUGCAAAGGCUUUCGGUGAUUUGGAACCCAUCUACACAUUCGAAGGCACGUAUGACAUCAACGCCUUGGUCACCGGUAGGGAAGUCACUGGCAUUGCCAGCUUCAGGCCAUCUAUAUCGACCCAGUGAAGCUGUCUGUAGUGUAACUUCUCUGAAUCUCAACUCCCUCCACAAGUUUCUUUCAUUAAGAACAAGGUUGUCUGAUGUCAAAAGGGAUGAAUUGAAUUCAUCCAUUGACAACCAAAAAUAAGGACACCAUAUAAAUUGUUGUUUUGAGACAUUGUAUCGGUAUAUAGUUCUAAAAGACAAA